GGCGAGCGCGUGGGCGAUCCGGGGCCGGGGGAUGAUCCGAUGAUCAGCCGGUGCCUCUUUCUCUAUACGUGAGACGCGUCGCGCAUGCAUUGCGGUGUAUGCGGUUGUGGCCUGUGGCCUGUGGUCGACGAGCCGGAGCCGGGAUAUCAUCCGAUAUGCCUGCGUAUACGUAAUGCACGCGUAAUUUAUAAUUUUAUUGCAUACAUCACGCCUCUCGUGUCGCGCGAGGUCCCGAUUCACGACGCGAAGGCGCAGUGAGUUGUAAUCUUUGUGAUUGAGUGAGUGAAAAUUAGAUCGGAAUCCGGUGUUUAGGAAAAAGUGUGCGUGAGAUAAAAUUCUCUCAACUUUUCCACGAUGAAUUCACGUAACGAUAGACGAUUUUACGGACGGUACAAAUAAAGGAAACAAAUAAACAAAGGGAAUAUUCAUACGAGAAAAUCGGAAUUCCUCGCGCGUCUGCUUGUAGAACAAUAUUUUGCGUAAAUGUGCGGUGAUUAACGAUCGUAGGGUGAACGUUGGAGAUUUUAUUGGGUGGUUCGAUUCUUGAGAUUCUAGAAAAUGUAUCGUAAAUUCAAGUGCGAGGUGGAAUAUCUCACCGAGGAACAUCUUACGGGGUUUGAGACCUAUAAAUAUAGCUCCUUGGAUACAAGCCCCCUAAGUGUAUACGUUAUGCAUCCUUUUUGGAACAAAGUAGUAGAGUAUUGCCCAAAGUGGAUUGCUCCAAAUGUACUAACCUUCUCUGGAUUCCUCUUUACUGUGUUGAAUUUUAUGUUAUUUGCGUAUUAUGACUACUACUUUUAUGCAUCCAGCGAUGACAAGCCAGAAUACCCUCCAAUAUCACGAUGGAUCUUUGCCAUAGCUGCUUUUAACAUUUUUAUGGCAUAUACGCUUGAUGGAAUAGAUGGAAAGCAGGCAAGACGUACACAAACUUCUGGUCCUUUAGGAGAAUUAUUCGAUCAUGGUUUAGACAGUUGGUCUGCUAUAUUGAUUACUGUGUGUAUGUAUUCAGUUUUCGGCAGAACGGAUCACAGUGUCUCGCCGUUACGAAUGUACUUUAUAUUGUGGAAUAUAUUUAUUAAUUUUUAUCUGAGUCACUGGGAGAAAUAUAACACAGGCGUACUAUUUCUUCCUUGGGGAUAUGAUGCUUCCAUGCUAGCAACUAUCAUAGUAUUUAUGCUUACCAGCAUAGGUGGACAUGAAGCUUGGAAAUUUGAAUUGCCAGGUGGUGUAUCAGCAGGAAUGAUGUUUGAAAUGCUGUUUUAUGUUAGUGCACUUGUGUCCAACUUGCCAGUUGUUCUUUGGAAUAUAUACAAGUCAUAUAGAGAUAAGACUGGCAAAAUGCGGACAUUUCCAGAGGCCAUAAGGCCAUUAGUGCCUUUGAUUUUGCUUUUUGCAAUUUCUACAAUCUGGAUAAUACAUUCUCCAAGUAAUGUUCUAGAAAAAGAUCCAAGGAUAAUAUAUUUUGCCAUUGGCACUAUUUUUUCCAAUAUAUGUUGUCGAUUAAUCGUAUCACAGAUGAGUAAUACUAGAUGUGAAGUAUUACCAUGGAUACUUUUGCCAGUCGCAGUAGCCGCUAUUUUCUCAUUUAUGUUACCUAGCAUAGAUUUAGGAUCUAUGUAUCUAGUUUCCAUAGUAGCUUUGUUGGCACACAUUCAUUAUGGUGCUUGCGUGGUUCGUCAAAUGUGCCGUCACUUUCGGAUUCAGACGUUCUCUAUAAAAAAUCAUUCCGAAUGACUACUUGUCGACGAUACAUGUUAAAAACGAAGGCAUUAUGAGGUAAAAAAAAAAAGUCAUUAAAACCAGCGCAAAAAAAAGCAAACAAGGAGAAGAGAUCUGACAUACACACAAUAUACAAACUUGUUAUUAGAAUUAAUCACUAGAAGUUAAUUAUCAUGACAAAACACUUAUUGAAAAAACAAAGAAUUCUUAGAAUCAUGUCCUUCACGCGAAAUACAAUUAUACAAAGCGCUACUCAGAGAUGCAAAAAUUGUGAUAAUUUUAUUUUGUUUUACACAUCUAACAUAAUCGUACCUAUCGAGUUCUUUGCUUAUUUCUAUGCUGAAAUUCUCUAAAUCAGUUCUAUAUUAUUUUACUGUGAUAUAUUUAAUUAUCCACAUAUUAUUUCUUUGAUUCUGUGAAAGAACAAUGGUUUAUCUAUAAACAUCAUAUAUUAAAUGAUCAGGCUUAUAUAUAUUUAUAUGUGUGUACAAAUAAUUUUUCUUUGAAUGCUAUUAACUUUAUCAAGCGUUGAAUUAAAAAUGUAUACCUUUUCGUUUUUAACACGUAUCGUCCCUCGGAUAUUAUUCUUCAAUUUACUAAUAAUGUUUUUCCUCUUUUCCUCUUCUUUUUUAAUAAUGUUU